CUAUUUAGAAGCUACAGCGAAGUUUUUCACUACUCAGCUGACGGUUUUUCGGUUUUCUAGAAGUUCUUUUAGUGCGUUGUUUAUUUGAACGGAUUCCUGCUUCAAAUUUUAGUCUACAGUUCAUUAAACAGUGCAAAAAUCUUACAAAACAGUGAAGCUAAACGGUUGAUUCAAGAUUACGCAAAAUCCAAACCAAAAGAUACAUAACAAAGCGCAUUAUCGGUCACUAGCAAUUUGCACAAUUGCAGAAAGCCUGCCGAUUUUUUUUUCUCCGACCAGUUCUUAAAUUUCAUCAAAAUUUGCGUCGUAAAGAUGGAUCUGUUGAGGAAGAUGAUGGGCAUAGACGGUCAGAAAGGGGACGACGACGAUAAGAGAAAGAAAAAACCAGUCAUAAAAGAUGAAUUCCGGAAGCCCGUAUGGGUUGAAGAAUACGACAGUGAUGAUGAUUUGUUCGACAACCAGAAGAUUUUUGGCGUACAAAUUUUCACCAACCCACUGGAAAUCCAGAAGCACUUCGAUCAUCAAAUUCAAGAGAUGAUGAAAAGCCUGGAAGAGUAUGAUGAAUCUCUUAAAACAUUUGACCACGAUUUGAAGCAUGAAUUCUUAAAGCCAGGUUUCGAAGAAGAAAUCAAAAAGGACCUCAAGAAGGAAAAUCUCGUCGAUACUGAUUUGGAUGGAGAAAUCUAUCCAGAACAGUUGCAUACUCUUUUGCAACGCAUCUCCCCAGACUUGAAGGAGUUGCUUCCGAAGAAGCGGGAUGCGCAGGAUUCGUCACCCUCGAAGGCUAAACCAAAACCAAAACUAACAGACGAACAAAAGUUUAUGGAUUGGAUACACGGUUAUAAAGAAUCGGACCCGUUGCCGUCGAUCUUUUCUCGUGGUUCACGUCGGGUGCCAUCCCAGCGCUUCCACGACGGUAUUUUCGAAGGUACUUUCCAAGGUCCGCGCAUGUUUGGCCAAAGUAUUAUCUCUCAAACCAUCCGGAAGCCUGAUGGGACUUACGAAACGCGCAAAACGGUUCGUGAUUCGGAAGGUCAUACCAAAACAACCAUCACACGUUCGACCAAGGAUGGACAAAAGGAAACCAUAACUACGUACGGUGACGAUGGGGGGCCGGCGGCUAUAAAACCAUUUUUCGAGGGUACAAUAGUACCCUCAGAUUCUGACAAGAAAGAUUCUUUCGCUCAAGCUCUGCUUGGAUCCGAUUCCAAUUGCAGCAAACAUCUCUAUUCAAAGAAUGGUUACGUCUUACCGAAGAACCUCUGGUGACUCCAAGCGCAGACAAACCGUAUUGAGCUAACUACAGUACUAGUAGAUCAUCGGUUCAAUUUCCAUUGCUCUCAUAACAUUUACUUCCCUUGUGUUGGGAUGGCGGCAACCACCGCCAGCUUCAACGUUUCAUUGUCGUCGUUUAGUGAGCCAAAUAUGUGUGUACCACUAGUAGCAGUAGCAAUACACCACUCAACUUCUGAAUACAUUGACAUUUCCCAAAAAUAUACCCAUAGUCUACAUCCCAACAAUGAAAACGUCGACGAAAAGGAUCUAACCUGGCAACAGACUCUUAUUCCCUCCACACCGUACGUUGCUCAGCGUGACACCGAGAGCCCUAUCGCUCCACACUUAUUACAGUUUUAUAACUUAGUAGCAUUAAUUUGUAUUAGUUUAAGUAGAAUUCGGAUUCUAAUUUUCUUAUCAAGCAACAUACGUCACGCCCAGAACGAGUCCGUAAAGGUGCAGUGUCAGAUGAUUGAACGACUGAAUAGUAUUAAAUGUAACUGGCGAAGGCCGGAAACAACCAUCGUCAGUGCCCUGUUAUGAAACAAGGCCCUCCGUUGUCCGUACUGUCAGCCGUUCAAACGUUGCCCAUCUGCUGUGUGCGGGUUUGCUUCUCGGACCAGAAGGCGUUUCUGUUUGUGAUAUAAUACUACUUUUACGUUAGACCGUUAUUCGUUGUACGUCCUAUCGAAUAAGUUUACGAUUAGUGCUAAUAAUUUCAGCUGAUCAUGGCUAGAACUGGGUGUAAUACCAUCCAGCGUAAGCUCGACUGUUGUCAAACGCCGGUAGACAGAGCAGGUAUUGAGGUACUACUAUUCGACUGCUUAAAGGAGCGAAUUUUGUUAGCUAGAAGUUUUUUGAAUAUUAUCAGAAGAUUGAGUAAUAUAUACUUUUAUUGUAUAAGAAUUUUUUACUGACUUAUCUGUAGUAAUUUUUUUUAGCAGGAAUAGGAGGGAAACAAGACAAUGCAAGGCAAAGAGAAGGAUCAAUUUCCCUAUAACUAAAAUUAUUAAAUUGUGAAACUAAAACCAAGAAUAAAAAUUCAGAAUGUCACAUACCUAUAUUAUACCUACUU